ACUCCCACCCUCUUCCAUCCUUUUCAAUCCACCAAAGAGAUGUGGAACAAUCUUCCUUCGGAUCUGCUUGCCAACAUCUUCUCCUACCUCCCUCCCCCCUCCUUGGUUCGUGCCAUGGCCACCUGCCACCACUGGCACCACUCUGCCACCAGUGCAACCACCAACAUCCACCACCACCCACCAUGGUUCAUUGCGUUACCCACCCGGACCACCACCAUCCCCACCCACUUGUGUUUCAUCCAUAACCCAAUUCAGACCACUUGGCACUUGCUCAAUCUGGACAAUGUUCCUAGUCUCAGCAGACCCAUCUCCACAAUCGGAAGCCAAGGUUUGAUCCUUUUCAAACCGAGUGGUGGUGUCCCUCUACGACUCUCAGUCUGUAAUCCAUUUACCGGUCAAUUCCGCCACCUUCCGUCUCUGCAAAAACCCCGGACCAAUCCAGCAGUGGGAGUCAUAGAGGUUUCCACCAGCCACUUCAAGGUGUACGUGGCUGGUGGAAUGUCUGAGGCAACAAGCGGUGGUGCUGCCUCUUACGAACCAACAUUAGAAAUGUUCGACUCUCGAACUAACAAUUGGAUCCUCAUGGGAUCCAUGCCGGUUGAGUUUGCUGUGAGGCUUACAGUAUGGACCCCAAACGAGAGUGUCUACUCUUGUGGGGUCCUAUAUUGGAUGACCUCAGCCCGUGCAUACAGCAUAAUGGGCUAUGAGAUGGGUACCAAUAAAUGGAAGAAACUCAGCGUACCAAUGGGUGACACGCUAGAAUUUGCAGCCCUUGUCCCACACGACGGAAAGCUAAGGGUGGUUGGCGGGAGCCACGAUGGAGAUGUAACAGUUUGGGAGCUUGGAGAGGAGGAUAACUGGAAGGUGAUAGAAAGAAUGUCGGUUGAAUUCGGCAAACGAUUAGUUGGUGGUGGCACCAAAUGUGUUGGAAUUGAAGGGGGAGUGUGUUUAUAUAGAGAUAUUGGUUCGGGAAUGGUGGUGUGGCGAAGAGAUAGAGAUAAUAAUAAAGAUAAAUGGAAAUGGUGUUGGAUUGAAGGUUGUAAUCGGGUAGAAAAUUACCCGAUCAAAGGACUCUUUCUUCACCCGAAUCUUGCUGCUGCUUCUACGUUCAUAUAAGCUUAGCGGAAUCUUGUUUUCAUCUCCGUUUUGUGCGAUAAAACCUACAA